GCACGCCAUGUGCCCGUGUCCCCGGCAUCGCGGCCGCGGGCCCCCGGCCGUGUGCGGUUGCGGCGACGCUCGCCCCGGGCUGCGCUGGGCGGCGGCGCAGGUGACCGCGCUGCGGCUGCAGGCGCUGGGCGACGAGCUGCACCGACGCGCCAUGCGGCGUCGCGCGCGGCCCCGGGACCCGCUGCCCGCGCUGCUGCCCGCGCUCCGCGCCCGCUGGCCCUGGCUGUGCGCGGCCGCGCAGGUGGCGGCGCUGGCGGCCUGGCUGCUCGGCAGGCGGAGCGCGUAGGCGGCGCGAGCGGGGCCUUCUUGGUGGGGGGGACCGGAGCCGAGACCCAGCCCGGACCGAGCAACAGGUUGGCGAAACCCUGUGUCCUUGGAGGAAGCUGGUUCCUGUUUUCCUGAGGGAGUAGCCCAGAGCGUGGAAGGAAGCAGAAUUGUAAAGAGCUGAUGGUGGAAACACAGACAGAGGAAGCCCCUCGGGAGGUCCAGCUACAGAGAGAGCCACCCCAGUGCUAUUUAGCUAUAUAUAUAUACAAACCAAGAGAAAAUACAAAAUUCCGUACCUGUGCAUGCCUGCGGGGGACGUGGUGGCCCCUUUCCUUUCCACACGCGCAACCUUGCGAUGUGAACUCUGAGACUUCGUAAUGUCUAGGGUGGCAGGGGAGAGAGAUGCUUGUCGCUGCCCAUGCAGGAAACUUACAUGGACCGGUGGGAUCAGCGUGGACCAACUGCUCAGCACAGAUGCUGGUGUGGAGUAGAGGGGACUGGGCCGAAGGCAAGAUGGACAAGACAGAGGGGACGUGGGGCCCAUUUUGUUGGGGGCAGCCUGGGAUCCCUCCAUUUCUUGACAUGUCCUAGCCUCUUUCUGUCCCCGUCGAGACAGCUCUCUAGAUCUCAUGGUGGUCAUAUCCAGAGAAACGGGAUGUCAUUUUCUUCCCUUACCUAUAUAGUGUGUCUGGUGCUUCACUUCACAGUUUCUUGGUGCUAAGUGUAUCCUUCUUGGUACGGCCAGAGUCUUAUAGACGGACUGGAAAGGCCAGGGGAUGAGAGGUUUCUAUUUUGCUCUUUGGAUAUACUCUCAUUAUUAUUAUUAUUUUUUAAAGGGCUAGGUGACAAGAUGGCCACUGGAAAGUCUCUCUAUGGGGGGAGGGGUGGUGCUCACAGGGCUUAGGAGC